CCUCCCUCUCAGAGCAGCAGGAGGCCCUGGGCAGCAGCAGGUUUCUCUCUGAUCGCGUUUUUGCAGCUUCAGCUUCAUUUUCUUCUGGGGAUCAAAGAUCAAACGCCUCCUGAACUCUGAUUGGCUGAGAUGACCAACCAGGUGAUGAACACCUGUGACUCGGCGGUGGGCGGAGCUCCGCCAGAUGAAGCAGCUUCUCUACAGGUGUUCCCAGACUCCACUGAGCAUGCUCCCAAGCUCUGCCGGCGGCUGCCGUCCAUCGUGGUGGAGCCCAGCGACGCAGACCAGGUGGAGAGCGGAGAGCUCCGCUGGCCUCCCGAUGAUGUCAGCGAUGAUGUCACACAGAGCCACCAGCAGGCGGCAGGGCUACCCAUGGAAGGGGCGGAGCCUCCAGAGCUGGUGAUGGGCGGAGUCUGACGGCUCCAGUUUUACCCAGGUGAAAAGGCGGAGCUAACACACCUGAAAUGAUUGGAAGGCUGACCUCUGACCUCUGAGGACUCAUGAUAAAAAACAACCUUUUGAUGUGUUCAUUUUAUUUUUAUUGGUAUUUUUGGAAGAAACUUAUCCUGAUUUAUUCUAAAUCAUAUUUUUCACAGAUCAAUAAAUAGUUUGAUGGA